GCCAGCCAACGACCAUGGACCGAGGCGCCGCCGCCGGGUCCAGCGCGCCGCUCGUGCUGGCGCUGCUGGCGCUCGCGCUGGGCGCAGUGGUGCUCGUCGCACCGGCACAGGCGGAGAGGUCGUACAGGCUGUUCGUGGAGGACGCCGCCGUCGAAGAGACGGACCCGGAGUGGUUCGGUGCCGAGAAGACGUGGAUGAAGAUGCGCACCGUCAACAAGACCAUGAACGUGGUGGAGUGGGACCUGGACCUCCUCAAGGAGCUCACCACUGACGUGCAGUCCAAGUGGAACAUGAUGGAGAAGGUGGACGGCAACUACAAGGCCAGCAGCAUCAAGGGCAGCGCCACGGUGUGCGACGACCUGCACAGCAAGCGGCCCUCCAUCAAGGCGCUGGGCUACUCCCGGUCCUCGCUGCCCAAGGCCUGCCCCAUCAAGGAGGGUCUGUACUCGCUGCGGAACCACAUCCCCAACGAGAACUACUUCCCCGUCAUCAUCCCGGGCAACCAGUGGCGCCUGUCCAACACCUGGUCGGCGGACGGCAAGACCGUCAUCAAGUUCCACAUCGACAUCAAGAUCGACCGGACAAGGAAGCUGCAGGGGUGACGGCCCUGUGACGGCCGCGACACUGUGGCACUGUGACACUCGUGGUAAUGAAGCCUUUUAAUGAC